AUGCACACACAUAAAGAAGAGGAGUGUGCGGGUGGUGCCAUGGACUGGAGGCACGCCUCAAUGAGCGGGAGCCUGACGUGGGUGAAAGGGACGACGGUAGCGUCUUCGCCGACUCCAUCGGUUCUUUACUCGGAGCUCUCGCCAACACUCAUCGUGGGCCUCACUUUGCGUGGUGGCGCCCCAGCGGACUACAUCAAGUUUUCCACGGUGACCUCCGUGAUGCACAUGGCACCUCACACCGUCAAGUUGCACCUUGGCGAGGCGGCGCAGGUUUCGUUAAUUGCCCCUGACUCUCGGGAGUGUCUUCAGUGGCUUGACGCCAUUCAGCUCGCAUUGUCUGGUAAAAAAGGCAAUUUCUCGUCGACGGAAAAGUUAUCGUCGGUAAUAAUGACGCGGUCUUCACCAGAGCCUUCAGUUUACAUCUCAGAGAAUGGCACCAGCGGUUUGUCCGAAUGGGGAGGAAAAAAGGACGUGCUUCAUAAAAACGAUGAAAACCACACAGGCAGUGCCGAGGAGAUGCUGGGGAAUAAUGGCCACCAUGACCCUCUGAGUAAUGAAACAACAAAUAAUAAAGAUGCAGAAGUAAUUGAAGGGAUCGUCGUGCGAGAAGGAAAUGAUGGCACGAAAAAAUUACAGUCGAUGGCCACUUCCCUUAACUUCGCCCGUCCAACUCAACUGUCGAUGGUGCAUAAUGGCGAAACUGAAAGAAAUCUGCUUACACAUCUGAACGAAAAUGAUGCAUUUCUGCCAAUUUCUCCGCAUAUCAAUGAGGUUGCCGCGGUGAGCGAGACAAGUGAACCAAAAAUAAGACUUCCCGAACCCGAUGUUGAUACAAUAAAGGAAAUGCGAAAAGGGCCGACCUUAUAUUCUGGCACAAUGUCUAAAGGGGAACAAAUUCCCUCUGCCUUGGAUAACGAACCCCAGCACGUUAUUGUACCCAGUUCACCAUACGACGUUUCUUCAACGGCCGCUUUGGGGGGAAUAGAGACUCGUCUACCUUCCAUUUCCGUGGCUUCUGAGGAUCGAUCAGUCAUGGAACAUGAGAGGCUGCAUAAGGCGGAUUUUCUUCCUCGAGAGCUACCCCAGGAGUCAUCAUUGGCAGACGCUGCUGAGAAAGGGCUGUUUGGGCGUUUUAUGCCCGUAGAGGAGGAUCACUCCUUCUGUGCAGAAGUUGCAUUAAGCGAUGGACGUCAAGAAUUGUCUUAUAAAGAAGAUGCGGUUUCCCAAACCUACGUUGAAACCAAUUCAAGGAAUAGCCCUGUAAGACGGCCGGUGAUGGCUCCGGCGCCCAAUGAAUUAUUGUCGUCUAACCACGAGAUGCCGGUUUUAUUUUCAGAAGGAAGUAAAAAUCGAGCGUACCGAUAUGAUUGCUUUUUUGAGAUGAAACCGACGAAUUCCGAUGCGGAUGCAGCAAGACGGGGCGAAAUGAGUAUUGAGAAGGGAGUAGAGGUAAAAUGUAGGGACUUGGUGGCACACACCAACCGUUGUCAUACAGAUGAAACGCUUUUUCAACCCUCAUGGCGAUUGCCUGGCAAUUCAGGGUUGCCGUUGGAAAGUCAAAACCGAUCAAAGUUAUCAUCCUUAGAGCAGUCCCAUGGUGGAUCCAGACGUCAACGCAGUCAUCAAAGGAAAUUGGCAGAGUCAAUUAUCGAUCGAAUUAUUCACUUAUCUUCAAGUGAUGCUUCACACGAAAACCCUUCUUCUGUAGUGCUCUCGGCUGGGAUCGACACUCCCUCUGUACUUUUUCCAUCGCGUGCGAAAGACGGUUAUUACCGCCCCAUUGAGGCCGCAGUGGCAGUGACGCCGCGACGCAGUGCAUCUGGUGCUAGAAGCGUAUUGGGGAGGUCAAUUAGCGUGGAGAGUCCUGGACCAAUAAACGUGAAUGAUCGCAACGGUGCAAGAGAUGUACUCCCUCUUAAGCUAGCGAGUGUGCGGAAUUCUGUAGAUUCCGCAUAUGCGGGGAUGAACCGAGGAGUCAGUCCUCAUAUCGUGAAAGAACAUGUGCGUGAACUUGACUCUGUGAUACACUCGCCGGCUUACCGACACUCGACAGGACGCAAUUUUUAUUAUAAAGACGCUAGAUUUUCCUCACUGAGUAACGAAGAAUUUUUUAGAAACGAACGGCCAACAAAUCGCUUGCGCCGUGGAAGUUCUUUCGGUGCGUCGUCGCGAGAAUGGAAUGCGGUGUCCAAGCGGAAGAAACUGAGACGUAAGGUGAAGGGUGGGAAUUCACCAUCGGCCGGUGAAUUUUUGAUGGAGCCUACACUUUUUACGAAGCACGCCGUCCAAGGCCACGGCGGUUCCAAGCACUAUGCGUGCGUGACAGAAGACGGUGCAUAUUUUGUGUGCAUUCCUGCGCAGGAAUUUGAGAUGCGGUAUUCGACACGACAGAGAGGGCUCUCUACAUUGGAGGAAGUGAUGGGUGUGUAUGGUGAAGGGUGUCGAGCGAUGGCACUGAGCAGCAUUGAUCACGUUUCGAUGGGAACUGAGGAAAAAUGGACGCACGCUUUGCAACUACAAGGUGCGUUUCUGGAUCGACUUGUCUGCGUGGUGUCGUGCUCACAUGCCUUUCUUUUGGAGGCUUCUACUGCUGCGGAGGCCAAUAUGGUCGUGGAGGCGUGGAAUGCGUUUCUGUUGGAAUAUACCUAG